AUGACGAUUAAAGCACUCUGCAGCUGGCUAAUUAAUAUUUUUGUAAUUAUAAAAGAUACGAGAACAUAAUCUUAUCCCAAAGAUAAGUUUGAUAGAUUCUAAUCAUUGAUUUAUUAUCUAUUUAUUAUUCUACUUGAGAUAUCUACGAUAUUACAAAAUAUUACACGUUAAAAAUAUAUUUUUCUCUAGAGUUUUUCUCUAUUUCAGAGUUUGAUAAAUUAUACAUUGCUAUAUUUUUAUUACAAAUGAAUAUUUAAUUGAUAUCGAUUAUCUAAUUUUAUUGAAUUGAUUAUUUGUAGGUACAGUACCUAUGCCUCUAUCUAUGCCAACCUCAUGGCUGGACAUGGCUAAUUCAUGCGUCGAUGUUUUAAAAUCUCAGGUGGAAACUGAAAUUAAAGCUGCUAUGACUUAUCUGGCAAUGGGUGCUCAUUUUGCUCGUGAUACAGUUAAUCGUCCUGGAUUUAGCAAAUUCUUCUUUGAGUCUGCCAGUGAAGAAAGAGAACAUGCAAUAAAAAUUAUUGAAUAUCUAUUAAUGCGCGGUCAAUUAACAGAGGAUGUUAGCAAACUUUUGAGUAGCCGUUUGUUACCAUUGCGUGAAACUUGGAGUAACGGCGUUGGAGCUCUUCAAGAGGCUCUUGAAUUAGAAGCUAAUGUUACAAAACGUAUUCAGGAUAUUAUCAGAAAUUGUGAGAAGCCAAAUGACAGCAAUUUCAACGAUUAUCAUUUGGUGGACUACCUCACUGGAGAGUUUUUAACCGAGCAAUACAAAGGGCAGCGUGAUCUUGCAGGAAAAAUUUCAACUUUGGGCAAAAUGAUGACAGCACAUGGAGAGCUAGGAGAAUUUCUAUUUGAUAAGAAACUUUUGAACAAUGAAGUUUAA